AUGUUUAGUGGAAAUUUUAUUGGGAUUGCCAACCCAAUAAAUUUAGUCAAGUCGCUAUCGAACGUUGAAGACGAGUCAAGCAAACACGAAUUUGGUUCUAAGGAAAUAACAAAAAUUUCUGAUAAAGAAGACGAAAAAAUUGAAGUUAGUUGCAAUCAAGUAUGGAGCCGGGGAAACUACACCAACAUUGGCAACGAAGAUUUUUCGAUAGCUCAUGUUCGAAUUGUCUACAAGGACUAUCACCUACACGAACUGAUGCUUUCUUUGCUUUAUUCGUCUACUAAUGUUUUUUGUUAUUCCAUCGACAGCAAAGCCAGUGCAGUUUUUAAAGAACAAAUGCAAAAUUUAUCUACGUGCUUUCCAAACGUUUACAUUUCACCGAUACAGUACAAUGUUGAUAGUUCGGGUCACAAUAUGGAUCGUGCCUUUAUCUCCUGCUUCUCCAUUAUUCGUAACCUAUCGUAUUGGCAAUACGCGACAGUAAUGCAGAAUUACGAUCUGCCGGUGAAAACAGAUAAAGAGAUGCUAAGAAUUUUGAAAGUACUGAACGGAAGUAACAGUAUCGUUUUACUUCCUCCGAUAAAAUCACGGGUACCAAAACAUAAAGACUGGACAUUCAAGGCGCUGAAACUUUUUAGAGACACUUCCAAAAACGAUCAGCGAGUGCUGCAAAUCUCUAAAGGUAACAUAGGGUCACUGCUUUCAAGAAGUUUUAUCGAAUUUUUAAUUGAUGAUUUAAACCCAGAAAUAUUUUUAUCACGCCUCGACAAAAUAAGAUAUGGAAAUGAUGAAAUGCUAUUACCAUCAUUGAAUUCCGACGAUAACAUCAAUUCACCAGGUGGAUUUACUAGGCAUUGCCUUAAAACUAACAAAGGGUAUAUCGCAAGAUUUGUUUCAUGGAACUACCACGGUCAGCCAUGUAAGAGUAACCUGCAUAGACACAAUAUUUGCAUAUACGGCUAUCAAGAUCUUCCUAUGUUUUUAAGAAAACUUCAUUUUUUUGCUAACAAACUGAUACCAGCAUACGACUACACAGCUAUUGCAUGCUGGGCUAAAUAUUUGGCUUACCGAUCCACAAUCGACAACCAUGAAGAAUCUAUAGAUGUUGAGCAGUACUCCAUGAUGCCGAAUGUCCUGUUUAAUAAAAAUAGAGAUUUUUGGCGAAGAAAUUUAGAUUUAUUCGACUGUUCCACCGGAAAAAUGGUUAACAGUUCAAGCAACAGCACCUUAUUGCAAAGUUCAACAUCGCCAACCUCACAAGACAGCUCCAGAUUAAGUACUGCGACAGCAACAACAACGUUUGAAGUGACAUCAUCGACACCAACAUCGACAAUCAAAACAGUACCAACAACCUCAGCAGUGAGUACAGCAACACCAGAAACAACGAUGUUGACACCUAUCAGAGAUUCUGCAGUUGAUGACAUCUGGAAUGGGAUAAAUAUUUUUGAGAAUUGA